CACAGACAUACCAUACUCUAAUUACUAUCUUCAACCUUUUCUGCGAUCGCAUUCGAUAUCUUGGACCGACGGUCAGCUAGCUACAGAGGUGGAAACAGUAUCAUCCUUUACAAGUCGGCACCAUGCCACCAGGCACUGCCUCUGAAGCAGGCGCCCCUCCUUCUGUACCCUUGAGCUUCUCGAACAACUUUUGGGGACGAGAUGAUGCGGGAGUCGAUCCUCUCCUCACGCGUAUGCAAAGUGCCAAAACAACAUGCGACGAGCUCAAAGCUUUCUACACUGCGCGCGCAGCUCUUGAGGAAGACUACUCCAAAAAGCUACUAAGCCUUUCCAGAAAACCACUCGGAAGCGUCGAACAAGGAACAUUGCGUGCCAGCUUGGAUGUGGCAAGAGGAGAAACCGAGUCAAUGGGGAAGCAACAUGGCCUUAUUGCACAGCAAAUGAAAUCCGAAUUGGAAGAACCGCUGGCGGCCUUCGCAGGAGGUAUGAAAGAGCGUCGCAAGAUUGUACAGGCGGGGAUCGAGAAACUACUCAAGACCAAGCAAGCACAAACCGCUCAUGUCAACAAAGCUCGAGACAAAUACGAACAAGAUUGUUUGAGAAUAAAAGGCUAUCUGGCUCAGGGUCAUAUGGUGAUGGGACAAGAAGAGCGAAAGAACAAGGCCAAACUUGAAAAGACCCAGAUCAACAUGGCGGCCAACUCCAAUGAAUAUGAAGCUGCUGUGAAGGUACUCGAAGAGACGACCGGGCGAUGGAACAAAGAGUGGAAGGCAGCGUGCGACAAAUUUCAGGACCUCGAAGAAGAGCGACUGGACUUCACAAAGUCCUCUUUGUGGGCUUUUGCCAACAUCGCAUCGACUGUGUGUGUCUCGGAUGAUGCUUCAUGUGAAAAGGUCAGGCUCGCCCUCGAGAACACCGAGGUGGAAAAAGAUAUUGGUGCCUUCAUCAAAACCUGCGGGACCGGGCAGGAAAUCCCAGACCCACCCAAGUACAUCAACUUCUGUCGGGGGGAUAUUGACAAUCAGUCGGAGGUCUCUGAGGACGACAACUACUCCGUUGCCCAAUUUUCACGCACAACAAAUCCCGCGUUCAGAUCCUCCUCUCCCACUCAUUCGAACGGGACGAGAAGCACGCGCCACGAUACUCCUCAGCGAAUGUCCGAAGAACCGAUGAUCCCCAAUGAAGACGACAUGCCAACCCCAUCCAACAGCAAUAGCGGUCGUCCACCACCUCUCAACUACAAACAGUCAGGGGCGCAUGUACCUCCAAACUACUCACCAAGUCAACAUGGCGAUGUGCCACAAGUGCCACAUAAUCAGUACCCCACGGAUGGAAUGACCAUGUUUUGCCGAGCAGAUGCUUCAUCAGUGGCUGGAUCUGCUCUGUCUUCCAACACCAGACCCGAAAGUAGAGACAGCGAAAGCCAGUACUCGGCACCAAGUUCAUUCACCAGUGCUGACCCAAUGUCCGGCGCGUCUUCUCCUACCAAGAUUGCCCCUGUGAAUGGUGUCGAGAUGCCUGGAAUGGCCUCACCUGACAAGAGUGUGCAUAAGAAGAGAUCAGGAUUUUUCUCAAACAGUCCAUUCCGUCGGAAAUCCAGAAAAGACCUCGACCAUCCUGAAAUCAGCAAUGCACCAAGAUCCAGUACAUGGUCUUCAGAACAGGCGACAAGCGGCAGGAUAAAUCUCAAUCCCUCCGUAUCAAGCACCCACUCUAGUCCUGCAAAGUCUCCGAACAAACAGGGAGCAAGCUUCUUCAACCGUGCUGCAACGCUGCCCGAUGGCGAAGAGCCCGUCGAUCCUCGUGCCAAUUUCCAACUGAACGUGGGCAACAACGUGUUUGACGUUGCAAGCCCGGAUGGUCGAGAUUCCACCCCCAAAGCAAGCGUACAAAAUCGUCGCGGUCAAUUUAUGCCUCCACCUUCCGCGAUGGGAGAUGACGGCGGCCAUGACCCUAUUGCACAAGCCUUGGCAGAUCUUAAACGGACGUCAAAUGGCGUGGCAGGAAUGGCCAAACAGUCGAGCACUCGUGUCCCAGUCGAUCGAUACCACGGCGUAGCAACUCCAAACCCUGAUCAAGACCCAGCAGCACGUCCUGGCAUGAUGAGUGCUGAGAGUCAAGCACGAAUGGCAGCACAACGAGGAACUCCUCCUCCAGCCUAUGACUCGGCGGGAGGUCGAGCGCACAGUGCUCUCGGUGUACCACAACCGGCGCAUACUAAGAAAGAAAUGCUGAAUCGCACGGAGAUGUGGGGAACCGGAUCAGUCACAUCGGCUCCUAGAGGAGGUCAACCCAGACCCACGACCAGAGACGGAAGGCGGAGUCCAGGUCCAGGUAUGAGAGCAGCCAGCCCACAACCACAAGGCCAGUACCAGCAAAGAUCAAGAAGUCCUGCACCAGGUAUGAUCCCUCGUGCUGCAAGUCCACAGCCUCCGAGACAAGAUCCAUAUAUGCGCUCACGCAGUCCUGGUCCAGCAAUGAUGCAGCAAGGCGAUCCACAUUACCGUAGUGCUUCACCGAACCCCUACACCGCGACCGGCAGACCUCGGACACAAGGCUCAGCGUCCAGACAAGGCAGCGGCAUGGAAAUGCAGCUCAGUUCCUCUGACAUGGCACGAUAUGGCGGCUCUGGUGGCGGCAGUGCCCGAGCACGACAAUCGAUGAGACCAAACUCCAGCUUCGGUGGGGACAGGUACCCUGCGCCACAAGGCUACGACGGGCGUGAGUCAAGACAACGAGGCGGUUCGGACAUGGAGCUGAGGAAGGAGCGGAGCAAGAGUAUGGCAAACAUCCCCUUAAGGCCUGCGCAGGCGCAGGUUCUGCAUUAUGCACGCGCCAUGUACAGCUACACAGCGGCUAUUCCGGAGGAACUUACUUUCAGCAAAGGCGACAUUCUUGCGGUGUUGAGAUUGCAGGACGAUGGGUGGUGGGAGGCGGAAGUUCGUGAGAGUACGAUGGGGACGAGAUGUGGUGGUGCUGGGUUGGUGCCGAGCAAUUAUCUGCAGCGGUGUUGAUAACAUGCAAUAUGGUCUGGGUGUGGUUUUGCAGCCGCCAUUUGGAGCGAGCUGUCAGGAUAGUGCUUGGAGAUGGGGUAAAGUUUCUUCAACAUGGACCCGGGUUUGGGCUGGCAGAUGAGG